CCCCUUAAGGCAGAGCUCCCCAGGGAGAAGUGCAGCUGAGUGAGCAGAAAAAAAUCUCAGAGUGAACUUGGCCUUCAGGAACUGACCACUGGUGGGUGCCGUGGCCAUUCUUGGACAUCCAACAGUACAAAGAAGAACGUCCCCUUCUUGUUGUUCUCAAAGACUGAGACCUGGCGUCUAUCUUUAUUAUCGUACAGGAAGCUAAGAACCUCUGACUCAAUCAGGACCUUGAACCUUGAGUUCACAGAGACUCUAAAAGCUCCAGAAACAAAGACUUCGUGGACACAGUCCCUCAAAAUCAAAAGCCCACUGCCUUUAGCAGCAACAUAAAUACAGGAACCAUUUCCUUUGACCUGUGGGAGAAUCCAGGAUGGAAACUUCAACCUCAAAGGGCUAUGAUGCAACCACAGAAUAUGACUAUGAGGGCUCAACCCCGUGCCAGAAGGUACAGGAGAGGGCCUUUGGGGCCCAGCUGCUGCCGCCCUUGUACUCCCUGGUAUUUGUCAUUGGCCUGAUCGGCAACAUCCUGGUGGUCCUGGUCCUCCUGCAGUACAAGAGGCUCAGAAGCAUGACCACCAUCUACCUCCUCAACCUGGCCAUUUCUGACCUGAUCUUCCUCUUUACACUGCCUUUCUGGAUUGACUACAAGCUGAAGGAUGACUGGAUUUUUGGCGAUCACAUGUGUAAGUUGCUCUCUGGGCUCUAUUUCAUUGGCUUGUACAGUGAAAUCUUCUUCAUCAUCCUGCUGACCAUCGACAGGUACCUAGCCAUCGUCCAUGCCGUGUUUGCCCUGCGGGCUCGGACCAUCACCUUUGGUAUCAUCACCAGCAUUGUCGUCUGGGUCCUGGCCAUCUUGGCUGCUGUCCCCGGCUUCCACUUUUCCAAGACCCAGUGGGAGUUCAGUCACUUCACCUGCAGCCUUCAUUUUCCUUAUGAAAACCUAACAAAUUGGAAACGGUUCCAGGCUCUGAAAAUGAACAUCUUGGGGCUGGUGCUGCCUCUAUUGGUCAUGAUCAUCUGCUACACAGGGAUCAUAAAGAUUCUGCUCAGAAGACCAAAUGAGAAGAAAUCCAAAGCUGUGCGUCUGAUUUUUGUCAUCAUGAUCAUCUUCUUUCUCUUUUGGACCCCCUACAAUCUGACUGUGUUUGUUUCUGCUUUCCAAGAAUCCCUGUUCACCGAUCAGUGUAGGCAGAGCAGACAGCUGGACCUGGCCAUACAAGUGACAGAGGUCAUCGCCUACACGCACUGCUGCAUCAACCCUGUGAUCUACGUCUUUGUCGGGGAGAGAUUCCGCAAGUAUCUACGGCAGUUGUUCCAUCGGCUGGUGGCCGUGCCCCUGGGUAAAUGGCUCCCCUUCCUCUCCACAGAGAGGCUGGAGAGGGUCAGCUCCAUGUCCCCCUCCACAGGGGAGCACGAACUCUCUGCUGGCUUCUGACUCAGGCCCCUAGAGGCUAACCCAGGACCCAGCCAGAGUGCCCUGCCGGGCAUGAUGGCUGGGGAGGAAGCAGUUUGGCUCUCCCAACCAGAUUCUGAGGCCUGAUAGAGCAUGGAAUUGUAGCCACGUGGGGUUGAAAGAGCUUCAAGGUGGUCUAGGCUAAAUCACUUCUGAGUCUUGAGUUUCCUCCGUGAACUUUACUUUGGUAGAAAGGAGAUGAAUGAAUGAAAUAGGACAUUCCAGAAGAUUGGGACAAAGGAUAACAGGGAGGGGUUUGGUCCCAAACAGGAGCUCAUAUUUGUGAACAUUGACACUUGUAAACCAAGCCUCUUAGCACCUGCCAACCCUACCCCCCCAUCACCCAUGAACUUAGAAAUACUGAUUUCCAUAGAUGACUCUACUAUGAGCCUGGAGCCAAUCAGGAGCCGGCGGCGCUUCUACCUGCCCCACCCCCACUGCAAGGUUUAGGCUCUUGGAAAUCCUGAGGAGCCUAGAACUCAUGAUGGAAGAACUUAACACCUAGCGGAUAAUAAGAUUAGGGAACUGCUGUUGGUGCUGGAACUAAGAAAGCCCUUGGAGAGAAUUUUUAUAUUCACUAAAAUCAAACAGUUCAGGCAGUGGGCUAGACACAGAGCAAAUGGAUAAAAUGCUAUAUUUCUUGGAGUUCUUCAUGGCUCGGUGGUGAGUUAAGGAUCCAGCAUUGUCACAGCUGUGGCUUGGGUUGCAGCUGUGGUGUGGGUUCAGUCCCUGGCCUGGGAACUUCAGCAUGUGGCCAGAAAAAUGCUGUACUUUUUGAAGCAGCCAUGGAGAGGAAGGAGUCAUUCCUUUUACUGUUCCUUUCUUUCUGAAUAUUUCAGAACGUCCCUUCCUUGAAAGUUGAGGGAUGUGGCAGCUUUAUUGCAGAAAUUACUAACAGGCAAAAGGAGACAGGGUUGAUUUUCUUCCUCUGUUUCUCCAUCCAAGGCUUCUAGUUGUACGGCUGAGCGUUCUGGCUGCCACCAUGGACCCAUCAGCAGAACCACAACCCAGUAUGCAAGCUGCCAGGGUUUGCAGCGGGGAGGGAGGGUACUGCCUUCCAGGAAGGGUGGGGGCUCGGUUGAUGUAGGAGGUAGAGGAGGCCUUAACUCAGAGAAAUUUAUUUACCCUAGAGGUCCUGAACAUUUAGCUCUUACCUAGGACCUCCUGUCCAAGCAUGUCUUUCUUCCCUUCUCCCUCAGAUAUAUAUUUCUUUAAAAAUCGUUUUUCCAGUAACAAAAAUUGUUUUCUGGGAAAGCAUGAAAACACAAAGGGGAGGAAGAAAGACAUGAAAAUCAUUCAUUAAUCCCACUACCCAAAGACAACUACUUUGAUGUAUUUUUUUAGCUUGUUUUUCUCCUGUGCAUAUUCAUGUUUAUAAGCAAGAUGGACUUCAGCUGUACUCACUCUUCUGUUGGUGCUCUGAAAUUGCAGGUUGGGAUCACUUUCCCAAGACAAUAAAUCAUUUUAAAGCAUU